GUAGUCAGUCUGUGAUUGAGAGUGGUAACGAUAAGUUGCAAUUGAUUAACGUAGAUCGCACGGAUUCUGCUGUCUGUUAAUAAACGCGCGUGAAAUAAAACUUUUUUUUGUAUAAAAAUAAAGCGCGUUCGUUUGAAUUGAGAAAAAAAACUACAGACAGGUGUGUGUGCUAACAAAAAAAAAAAGCUUAAAGUUAAAGCAUUAAAAGAGAGUAAAACAGAAAUAAGAGCGUUAAUUAAAUCGUUAUAAUGAAGAUCUAUCAUUAAAAACAAAGUUCAAAACAAGUGAUCAGUUCAGAGUUGAAAUAAAAAGUCCGCAAUAAAAUUGAAAAUAAAGAAAGAAAAAAAAAACUAAAACAGCUGUUUGGAGUUAGAUCGUGUGUAAAGAGUUGUUGUCAAAAUUGUGUAAAAAUAAUAUUGAUGAUGUCACUACUACUGCUGCACGAAUUGGAUGUUUCAUACGAAAAUUCGAAUCGAGAAUAAUAAUUUUCACAAUUUUCUUUCUAAUUGGAUUAUUGUUUUAAUAUAAUAAAAUAACAUACUGUGAUAGAUUAUACAGCAUUUUCGAAUGUAAAAAUUUGUAUUUUUAUUGGAAAAUUUUGUUUGAAUUUUAAUUCAUUUGAAAGCAGCAACAAUUUUAAAGGGUCUAACCAAAAAAUUUAGGGGCUGAUGAAAAAUAUGAAGGCUUUAAAAGAUCUUGUACAUCCGGUAAAGAAGGAAUUUCGUCGUGAGAAAUGUGGUUUCGAACAUACACCACCAGAUGAUUUUGUUAAAUCGCAAUGGCAAAAUCGUACCAAAAGUAUUGUAUACUUAAUAUAUCGUUGGUUUCUGGCUUUAUUCUUUACUGCUGUUGUCAUUGAGUCUAUGAUAGAUCCAGAUCCAGAUGAGAAUCCCAAUUUUUGGUUAUAUUUUAUAUACAUGACAAAUUGGGGCAUCAUGCUGUGCAUGAUUACAAACGUAUAUGCAGCGAUACUGGUAACAAUUUGGCAUUUUCAUCCAGAAUAUGCGGACAAACUUUUAAAUCUGGAAUCAUUGAAAAGUCCUUUUCGCAUCUAUUGGGGCAUACAUAUAACAACAUUGGUGGUAUCAAUUGUAAUAACAAUUAUCUAUUGGAGCAUUUUAUAUGAUGCUAACGAAAGUACUUUGAGUGCUACAAACAUUUUAACACAUGCCUUCAAUUCGAUUUGUAUGUUUAUCGAUCUGCUGAUAGUUGCUCAUCCUUUAAGACUUUUACAUAUGUUUCUGCCGGUAUGUUUUGGCCUAUUCUAUGCUUUCUUCUCUGUCAUUUAUCAAUUAUGUGGAGGUCAUAACCGAAAGGGAAAGCCUUACAUUUAUCAUGUGAUUGAUUGGAAUAAACCUGUUAAUUCCACGUUAACUGUGGUGGGUGUUAUACUGCUCUGCUGUUGUGUUUACAUGGCCUUAUUUACGAUUUACAAAUUAAGGACACUACUCUAUCGACGUCUCAACAAUGCCACCUUCAUCUUACCCACCACAGCACCACCACCGAUUACGAAAAAACACAUUGGCACCGGCAUCAAACACACAUCGCCUGGCAUUUCUAUGGUAUUGGGCAAUUUUGAGGGCCAUACGAAUCCUGCUUUUUCAAAGAGUUCGGAAAAUAUUACCAAAAAUUAAGUUUAAAGAAAAAGAACUUAAGAAAAAUUUUUUUAAGGAAUUUUAUAGCUUUCAAUGUAAAAUUAGUUACAAAAUUUAGUCAAAUCAGAUCUAUUUGGGGAAUGGGAGGAUAAUUCAGAUUUUGGGGGAAUUCCAUAAAAUCAAGGUCUUUCAAGUGUCAACCAGCCGAUACAAAAUGAUCGGCGGCGGCGGCGCAACCAUUUUAGGUCGGCGACGAAAAUAUCGGCGGCGGCUAAAUUGUCGGCUCAAUUUUACUUUUUCUUCAGAAAUUGACCUUAAAAGCGUUUAUUAUAUUGAAAAAUCUCUGUAUAAUAGUCUGUUAUAUAGAAACCUGUCUCUAUAUAAGUUUUUUUUCUGCAGAAAAUGGACAUUUUUAUAGUAGUUAUCACUAUUUUAAUAUUAGCAUAAUAUUGUGUGGCAACUCUUUUGAAUUUGCCAUAAGAAUUUGAAAUAGUGGCAACUCUGUUCAAAUUGGUGAAAUUAUUUUCUGAAAGACAUGUGCGAUUCCAAUCUUUAUCAGCGGCUACGUUUAAGCCGACUUAGACCUGGUCCACACUAGGAAACUUUUGUUGAGAAACUGUUUCUUAAUUCUCUUUUGAAGUUUCCUUAAUGUCCACACAUAGAAACAUUUGUUUCAGAAACUACGUAUUAAUUGUAUUGAUUUGUUGUUGUACGAAUGAGAAGAAUAACAAAACAAGUUUCCGAGUACGAGAAACUCCGUACCGCGAGAGAGAUGAAUGAUAUUCUUUCUCUUUCUCUCACACGCAAAAUCAAAAGUUUCCCAAAAAAAGUUUCCUAGUGUGGACCGGCAGUUAGCCUUUGAGCCGAAAGAAGUCGGCGGCGGCGCGGCUUGCCAAAUAUUACCGGCGGCCAGUCGCCGCCUUGAGCCGUCUCGGCUUGUAUCUCUGGUGUCAACUGAUUCUUUUUACAUCAGUGUAUCUUAUUGAAGUUAUAUAUGUCAGUUUUUUUCAAGAACCUGUCAUUUCGUAUUAAACAUUCUCCAAAUAGAUCUAUUCAUAUUUGCAUCUGUAUAUAUGUAUGUAUUUAAUAGCUUAAUUAAUAAGUAUUUUUUCGAAUUUUUUUCAAGUACAAUAAAUUAAAACUUAAUUAAAUGUUAAUUUUAAUUAUUAUUUCUACUUUAAUAGUUUUAUUAGUGCAUUUGAAUUUUAAAUAUUGUAAAUUUAAAAUUUUAAUAUGUAUCGUUUUUUUUUGUAUUUACGCGAGUACAAGUAUUUAGUUUUAGACUCAGGGGAAAAUAUUGAUAUAUAUGUAUAUAAAAAAAAUUGUUAAAUUUUAUUAUAAAUAAGUGUAAAUUUAUCAAACAUUAAGAUUAAUUAUUGUAUUAAUGUAUAGCGUACUUGUAUUAGAAACUAUAAAUAAAGUAUUUAGUAAAUAGA